AAUUAGAUCCAGCCUAGUUCCCAUACAGAAUUUCAUCCCUAUAAAGUCAAUGUAACAUAAGCACACACAUAAACCCCCUUUGUACUGUGACAGACCUACCCGCACCAACCACUGUGAACCACCACAGCGGCCAGGGGCAUGGACCGCAAAAGAUCCCCGCCACCACCCUCUUCCGCCACCAAAAUCACGAGAACUGCCAGCUCUAGGGGUAGUGGCUCAAUCAUACUGGAAAAAUACCAACUUGGCCGACUACUUGGCCGUGGCAGCUUUGCAAAAGUAUACCAGGCAACCUUAUUAGUUGACAAUUCAGAUGUAGCCAUCAAGGUCAUUGACAAGGCCACCACCGUGGACGCCGCUAUGGAGCCACGCAUAGUUCGCGAAGUCUCCGCCAUGCGCCGCCUCGACCACCACCCCAACAUCCUGAAACUCCACGAAGUCAUGGCCACCAGAACCAAAAUCUACCUUGUUAUGGAGCUCGCCACCGGCGGCGAGCUCUUCGCCAAGCUCAGCCGCCAGCGCAGAUUCUCUGAAUCCACGGCGCGCCGCUACUUCCACCAGAUAGUCUCCGCCCUCCUCUUCUGCCACCAAAACGGCAUCGCCCACCGCGACAUCAAGCCACAAAAUCUACUCCUUGACAAUAAAGGGUCCCUCAAAAUCACAGAUUUCGGACUCUCCGCCCUGCCGGAACAAAAAUUGGACGGCCUAAUAUAUACAGCCUGCGGCACACCGGCAUACACAGCGCCUGAAGUAGUCUAUCGCAAAGGAUAUGAUGGAUCAAAGGCUGAUGCAUGGUCAUGUGGAGUUCUUUUGUACGUAUUUCUUGUGGGCUGCAUUCCCUUUGAUGACAGCAAUUUAGCAAACAUGUACCGUGCAAUACAUCGUCGUGUAUUUGAAUUUCCUCCGUGGGUUUCGAAACCGGCCAAGAAUAUUAUAUUCCGGUUAUUGGAUCCCAAUCCCAAAAGCAGGUUGAGUCUCGAAGAGUUAAUCAAACUUCCUUGGUUCAAGAAAUCGUUUUCACAAGAAUCAUUGGCUUCGUACGAGCAGCAAUUUUCCGAUCAAAGCAAGUACUUGUCUAGAAUCAAUGCUUUUGACAUAAUUUCGAUGUCUUCCGGAUUGGAUUUAUCUGGGCUUUUUGAAUUAGAAAUGAAUAGGAAAGAGAUGAGAUUUACUUCAAUUUCACAGGUGGAGGAAAUUGAAGAAAAGGUGGUGAAGAUUGGGGGAGAAUUGGGGUUCAGAAUAGAGAGAGGGAAAGGUGGGGGAAUUGGGUUGGUGAAGGGGAGGGUUUUGUUGAUGGUGGUAAUUUUAGAGGUGGCGCGUGAGUUAUGGUUGGUGGAAGUGAAGGUGGUUGGUGGUGGAGGUGGCGGGGAUUUGCAGUGGGAGGAACUGAAACUAGGGCUAAAUGACAUUGUUCUAUCCUGGCACAAUGAACCUCUUCCCGGAUGAACUUUUUGACGGUCGUGAUUAAAAGUCUAUUAAGAAAGAAAGUUUCAUUUUAACCAAUGAGUAGGGUGGGGUGGGGUCCAGGGGAGGAAAAAGUAUAUUAAACUGGGGUCGCUUUGGGUUUAUGAUUGAAGUGAAGAUGUACAAAUCUGAAAAAUUGCAGAUUGCAAUCUUUUUUUUAUGUUUAGUGCCUUGUUGAAUAAAUUUUAAUUUAUUUUCUUUCUCAA